CAAAUCAUCACAAUCUAUAAACCUCAAACCCUAAAAUAAAUUAAACGAGUUCUACCUAAGAAGGAGAGAGAGAAGAAUGGGUCGCCAAAACGUUGUCGUCGUGGUUGCCCUCGUCUUCAUGGCCAUCAUUGGCCUCGCCGCAGCUGCCUCCUCUCCAUCUCCUUCAGCGUCUCCCUCCAAAGCUCCAGCUGCCUCCAAAACCGAUCAGGUUGAGGCUCCAGUCACCGAUGACCAAAUCGGAACCACCGAUGACGAUGCAGCUCCCACUCCUGGUGAUGGUGACGUUGCAGUGGCCGGUCCUCUAGGAAGUGACUCCUCCUACGCCAAUGCACCCUCAGGCUCUGCCGAUUCUGCUGACAGCGGUGCGGCAGCUCUUGGCGUCUCUGCGGUCGUCGUUGGUGUUACAUCCAUUGCCGGUUCUUUCUUGUUAUUCUAAGGUGGGCUUUGUUAUGAUAAGAAGGUUAUUUUAAAAGAAGAUAAUUUAUAUGUAUGGAUGAUUGUGAUGAUCUUGUUGUAAUUUGUUUCUCCUUUGUUAAGAGAAACGUUGUCUUUGUAAUAAUACUGAAAAAAAAAA